AUGGCCAAAGACGUUCCUUCUAUUCACACCCUAGAUAGGCCUGAGAAGCUCCAGGACAUCCUCAAGCAGGACCGUGGUGAUGACUGCCUUCCCUGCCGUGUCAUUGGCGGAGGUGCUUUUCUUGGUCUUGCCGCGUACAGCUACUACUCCGGUCAUUCCCAGCUCAACAAGGCCCAAGCCGAGAUCCUAGCCAGCAAGUCCUUCUUUGGUAUGAGGAGCAGGAGAUGGGCCAUCACCGGUCUCUCAUGCGGCAUGGCCUAUUUGGGCAUGUAUAGACUGUUCAAGUGA